CGGAACUGGUGACCCGGUAAGAGCGCGUGUGGACCCUGUCGGCUGGUCAAGCGCGCACCGCUGGAUGCGUGUUACAGCGAGUGCAUUUUCAAACUGUUUUGGGUGUUGACAGUGUAAUGACGGCUAACUUUAAAGGACACAAAGCAUUAAAGGUGAAGAAGGAGGCCGGAGAGAAUGUCCCGACCCUCAGCGACCAGGAGUUGGUCUCCAUGACAGUCAGAGAACUGAAUCAGCACCUGCGGGGCCUAAGUAAGGAGGAGAUUGUCCAGCUGAAGCAGCGGCGGCGGACACUGAAGAACCGGGGUUAUGCAGCCAGCUGUCGGGUCAAGCGCGUGACGCAGAAGGAAGAACUGCAGCGACAGAGAACCGAUCUCCAGCAGGAGGUGGCCAAGCUGGCCCAGGAGAACGCCAACAUGAGAGUGGAACUUGAUGGCUUGCGCACCAAGUAUGAGGCCCUUCAGAAGUACGCUCGCACUAUGGCCAAGACCCCUACCCUACCCCCCACCAGUGUCAUUACCAUUGUCAAAUCAUCUGACUCCUAGGCUCUCCUCGGACGAGGAGGUUGAAUUAAAGAGCCAGAGCAGGUAAAUGGAAUUAAGGUACAGAUGGCAGUCUUGAAAUAAUAGAAUGGACAAGGUUUAUCCUUGUUUCGAUUUAAGGCAAGGCUCUUAUAUGACAACGCUUCUGGAGAUAACACAGAAGCAAGAUGCUGUUGCUCAGCAAGAGCCUCUCUCUUAAUCCCAUCUACCCUCAAAAACCUGGAGUUGCCAAUCAAUAACUAUCUUGUGCAGUGGUUAGUAAGUGCCUGCAUUACCAGGCCAGAAGUCUGACUGAGUAGCAUUGAUUUUGCAGCUGGCUUUCCUGAGUUCAGAGAGGAAAAUCUCCAUCUAUGGGAUCAGUGUGGUAAGUCUGUAGAUGGAUUGGAUGGGCUCCCCCUCCCCCAUAGGUGCUUGGCUGAUUAUUCAACUUGGGCUGUUCACUUUGCCAUCUGAAGAGCUGAAACUCUGGAAGAAUCUCCAUUUGCAACAAAGAUCAGGACUACUAAUGCUGGUAGCUUUUAAGCAACUGUGGUUUCCAUCUGGGGCUUUCACAAGCCAAAACGUUAGGGAAUUCUGAGGAGAAAUUGUGUAGUAAUCAAAUAUUGUGUCUCUUGUAAGCUGUACAAAAUAUAUCCUUUUAUUCAGUUUCUCAGUUUCCAUUGUAAACUUGUUCAAUGAUGAAAUCUAUGUAAGUGGCUUGUGGCCUAGAUGUCUCCAAGCUUAUGCUGAGUGAAAAUUGCAGACUGAGAGAGGCCAUUCUUGAAUCUAGGUCUUAUUCUGAGAGCCAGGUACAAGUUUAUUUGGAGUCAGUAUAAAUUGAGACACGAGAGGACAGAUGCUGGAAUCUGAAGCAACAAGCAAAAUGUUGGAGGAACUCAGCUGAUCAGAUACCAUCUGUGGAGGAAAGUGAACAGUCAGCUGUCUACAGAUCUGCUUGACCCAUCCAGUUCCUUCAGCAUUUUGUUUAUUGCUCAGAUAUACCCAAUCUUGUGUAAGGUGUAAAUGCUGCAAUAUGGACUGGGGGAAAUAAACCUAUAUUACAGAUUUCAAAGGUUCUGUCAAUAUGGUCUUUUAGAAAAUAAAUUGAAUUUUACUGUCUUUAAUUAGUUUUUAAAAGGGAAAGAAUUAAAGUCCUUCUGUUUCCUGUGAUUCCUGAGAUAGAAACAAUUUCUAAACUUAGCAGGGUUGUGCAGAACUAAGGUGAAAAUUCAUUCAGUUCUGUGGCGUGAUUCGGGAGACGCAGGUGCUGAGUGGGUUCCAAAAUAGCAACUGAAGUGGCAGACAUUGUACCAGUUAUUGAUGAAAGAGACUACUAUCUGCUAAUGGUUCGCACUGCAGGUAGGUUAUGAUUUCACCCAGCACACAGUGUUGAUUUGACUGCAGAGUUGACAUUUUGAAGCUCAAUGCUUCAGCUAACCCCAUACCAUUUAAAGGGGUUCAUCAACUACUUUUGGCUUGGUCGCUGGUUUAUUCCUCUGGCCUCCGCUGCAACAUGAUUCAGCAUUUGCUACUUUUAAGCGUUCUUGCAGAUUGCCGAACUACUGACAGACGAUCUAGAUUUCAGGACGUUGCAGAAACCAGGCUCUCCUGGUUACCAUGCAGUUGCAGGGAGGGAUUCUACACUGAGCACAGCACACUGGAGGUCGAGCAGCGGGAAGAGGAGGGUUGAAGGGUGCUCAAUAGCAGGUCAUGUCUAUCCACAAUUUUAGGGGAGUUUUUUAAAAUCUGAAUCUCAGCAAUGGGCAUGAAGACAUUGUCUGUGUUACGAGAGGGACAUCCUGCCUGAAAUAUAUCGUAUUGACCUCAACCAACAAUGUCAGAGUUAAAAUGGUAGGCUCCUUCUUAAUGCAACAAUAGUUAAUUGAUAUCCACCACUGCAUGAGGUUAUCCCUAGGCCAGCCAAUUCAAAGAUGGUUGUUGCAUUUCAUUCUCUUACCAAGUAAAGAGUCAUGCUUACCAGGACGGUUGGCUUCCCCUAAUGCAGGCUGCUGUUGCCUGCACUUGUACCGAACCAUUGGCAACACAACUAACGGGGCAGACUGAUUAGACUGUUACUUUGGAGCCCCACUGUACUCUUCAGAAAGGGUGUUGAGAAUCAUGUUGAUCUGAUCUGUAUCUGUGGUAUCCUUCUUCCCUACCCUCAACUUUGAUCCGUUUUCAUAUCAUCUGCAAACUUGUUCAUUAGACUUUCUAUGCUUUCAUCAUAUCAGCAUACCCCUGCAAUUGGAGUUUGUUUUCUUAGAAGACUGGCCGUAUCAUGACUUUCCAUAAUUCUAGUCCCUCCUAUUUCUGCCGUUGAAUCCUGGCGUCUCAGCAAAUAUGCAGAGAUGCAUUCACUGACUAAUCCCAUCCACCCCUGUAGGCAUGCUGCAUACAGGUACAGGAUUUGCUGAUUUUCUUGAGGACUGUUGUUUUAAUUACCAAAAAUGUAUAUUACAUGGUUUGAUAAAUUAUUAUUAAAAAAGUACUGAUAGAAGAAAUUGCUUUAUUAGUUUACAGAGUAAAUCCCAUAAGUGACUCCCACUGUGAAUCAACAACCUUGUCUCAUUCUUGGUAAACUUGUUCAACUCUGUGUAUGUUUGUGUGUUGGACAAAUUUUUAUUGUGCAUCUCAAAUGUUUGUUGUGAUGUGUGAAUUCCAUAAGGAUGAAUUUCAAAGGUUCAAUUUAGUGUCAGAGAAAUGUAUACAAUAUACAUUCAAAACAUCCACGAAAACAGAGAGGUGCCCCAAAGAAUGAAUGACAGUUAAAUGUGAGAACCCCAAAGCUCUACCCCCCGCUCCCCCCUCCUGCACAUGAAUGGCAGCGAGCAACAAUCCCCCCUCCCACCACCGGCAAAACAAAAAGUGCACCUGCUACCGAGUACAAGCAUGAGCUAAGUGAUAGCGAAGACACAGACCUUGCAGUUACCCCAAAGACUAUCGCAAUUUAUCCGGCAUUCGGCAACCCACAGGUUCUCUCUCUCCCUAGUAAGGGAGACGGGGGUGUCCCCCAUUUUCACAGUGAGCAGGAGACAUAACAACAACCCGCUGGUUUAUGAUGUUAAAAAGUCAGUUUUGUUGCUUUUUACAAGCUCUAUCUCCGAAGAUCGCAAAGAUCUCGGGUCUUCGGGCCCACAGCGAAAGAUUUUCCGGCCUCCCUGACAACACACGAGUCUCCUGCUGUGACACCGACCCUCAAUCCGCCCAUCUCUAGACCCCCGAGAUCUUAGGCUUCCAAACACUAGGCCGCCUCUCAGGCUGACUCCUUGGCUGGUCCUGAAACCCCAAAAACGAGUCCCAUUCCCACAAGGAACCGAAGUCGGCGUGUAAUCCAGGUCAGGGCCUUCAAAAGAACCCUGAAAGGGAAGAAUAAAGAUAUUAAAGAUGAAAAUAGAGCUGUUUCCGAAGUUACAAGCAAAGAAGUUGCCAUUUAGUGCGACUGCCAUAAUGCAGCAAUACACUGUGUAUAUUAGAACUAACAGAGGUCCCAGCAGGAAUCCUUACAGAACAUCACUGGUCUUUACAGAACAUCAUUGGUCACAGACCUGCAGUCGGAAAAACAUCAUAUCCACCAAUGCCAUAACUAUGCUCAGCCAAUUUUGUAUCCAGUUUACUAACUCACUGUGGAUCCCAUGAGCUUUAAUCUAUGGGACUAACUUGUUCCUAUGUUACUAUUGUCAAUAACAAAGUUAUAUACAAAUCCAACUCAAGUAUUUCCAUCACUAAAAUUAUAAAUUGUGAGAUCUUAAUGCAUUCGAAUCUUUGCAUUAAGAUCAAUUCUGACAAAUAUAAAUAUCCCAAAAACAAGAGAAUUUCUCACCCUGCUAAAAUCCUCCAACUUCCUAAUGAUCAAAGUGGGCAUCUGGGUGAUCUGUAUAGGAAAACUCAAAACACCCAUUGCAUAUCUUGUAUACAAGAGACUGUUAUUCACACUUGAAGGAAAAUGUAAAAACAUCUUAACUGAUCCCCUGAAGACCUCACUGGUAACUAUUAAGGUAUUCUGUUCAAAAUCUAUGUAUAAUUUAAUCAAAGUAUCAAACAAAUAUUAACAGUUUUUACCUCUUGUGCAGGUUUCAAUCAGGCCUUUCCCAAACUAGUUGACCACUUAGUUAGCUUUCCAAUGCAAUACUCACUAAAAUCCUGAGACAAUGGGUCUUGAGGUUUCAGUACCUAAAUACUUUUCGUAAGACCAAGAAUCAAUAAACUCUAGAUCUAUCUUACUCGUACACCA